AACACCCUGCAAAGUAUACUCGGAAUCUUCUUACAGUCAAUGCAUACCCCUCAGAAAGUCAUCGAUAUGCUCUCACGCAUUGGAAUCUUGAUAUCUACAGAUUCUAUCCAUGCUGCUAUUCGUUCAAUGUCAGCCGAAUCACAGAAUACCCUUCGUACCAUUGGAAAAUCCCUCCUCGCCUCAUAUGCCUAUGAUAACUUUGACGUAGACCUAAAAUCUCAAGUUCCUCAGGCCGAGAAAUCAAACAAAACAUUAAAGCACCUCACCUCCGGUUUGCUAUUUCCAUUGGAGCAUGGGGUCACUAUAAAUGACUUAAAAUGCUCAGAGGAGUUGUGGAGACAAUCAAUGCUGAACCCACACGCACCGUUAUCCAUGCUACCGCCCAAAAGAUCAUGGAAGGAUCUUUUGCAUAUCCAUCCUGAAUUGCGGGAUGAAUCUGCACCCAAACUCUCCCGAUGUGAUCGGUUCAAUGCAUGA